AUGUCCAAAGCCGCGUUCGCCGGCCUCAAGGCUGUGCAGGAGAUCCGCUUCCACCUGUGCCAGACGUCGAAAGGAAGCGAGGGGGUGAGGAACUUUCUCCUGAAGAGCUACAAGGCCAUGAAAGCCGCGUCCCCGACGACGCCGAUCUUGAUUCGCGAGGCGAGCGGCGUGGAGGGUGGCUUCGUCGCGCGUUACGACUUUGGGGUGGAGAAGAAGUUUUCUUUAGAGGGGCUGGACGCGAAGGCGGUGGAGAAGGAAGUCACCGGGGUCCUGAAGCAGUCGGCGUGA